AUCCACGUUCGGAGAGGUUCAUGGUUAGAGAAGUGAAGGUCUAUGUGAGCAGCAGGCCUGCGCCUGUUCACAUGAGAUAAUGAGCAUUGAGCAUGAGAUGGCCCACGCACUACAAGGUGACAACAAACCUAACAGUGCCCAGGGCCAUGCAGCAUUAGCAGUAGGUGGUAUCUCUCUAAUGUCGGCAUGUCAUCUACGCUUGUUCACGCUCCCCCUCACUGUGCCCACCUAUGCUCUCACUCCCACACAUGACAAGUAGACUCUAACCUUUUCUCCAUCUUCUCCUAUAAAUUAAAUCUACUUAUUGCUUUCUCUCCAGCAUACCGUCAAACACCUUCAGUGCGCGGGCCUUCUCCAAUACAAUGGCAUUGUCACUCCGUCACACCUGCUUCUUCUUGCUCUGUUCGCUUUGUUUCCUCAUCUCUGCAACCUCAAGCGACGGCUUCGAAAACUGGCAGAGUGCGCACGCCACGUUCUACGGAGGGGGAGAUGCCUCCGGCACCAUGGGAGGUGCGUGCGGGUACGGGAACCUCUACGUCCGGGGAUACGGAACCAACACGGCGGCGCUGAGCACGGUGCUGUUCAAUGAUGGGCUCAGUUGCGGCGCUUACUACGAGCUUCGGUGCAACGACAACCCUCGGUGGUGCCUUCCGGGCUCCAUCGUCGUCACGGCCACCAACUUCUACCCGCCUAACUCCGCUCUCCCCAGCAACGACGGCGGCUGGUGCAACCCUCCCCACCCGCACUUCGACAUGUCCCAGCUGGCCUUUCUCCACAUCGCACAAUACCGAGCCGGCAUCGUCCCCGUCGCCUUCAGAAGGCAAGCUAAAUAGGCAAACAUUUCGACGAACAUUUUGUGUCUGUAGUUUAAAUCCGGUGAGAUUUUUGCUGUCAUUCCAUUUCAAGGAUCAUGUG